CAUCAUCUAGUCAGAAUGCCACCCCAAAGAGUGAGAGGGAUCGCGAGAGGGAGGAGCGCGUGGAGCGGGGCAGCAUUUCGUGUCUGCCUCCAGCCGCCCUGGGCAUGACCGUGGGCGUACAACAGGCCCAGCAGCAAGCGGAGAAGCUACUCAGCCAUCCGGCCCUGGACUCGCGACGGGACUUCGACAUCAGCAAAGUAAAUCCCAAAUCACUUCCACUCCAUUGUGUGGUGGAGUCGGUGCACUCACUGCACGCCUCCCUCACCAUCGACAGCCGGCAGCCCUGGAAGCGUCGGCCCAACAUCGAGACAGACAGCUACGUGAUCAUAGCAGCGGCCACGCCCUGGAGCGAGAUUGUCCAGACCGCCCUGCAGCGGCUGGGCUACUCACAGGAGGUGGCCAACACAGCCCGAGGCUCCCUGAUCAUCAAGCACUGGAAGCCCAUACCUCUGGAGCAGAUAUCGGACAAUCCGGCGGUGCCGGUGAGCGACAUUGUGGGGGAGCUGACAUCCGUGAUCACCCUGCGCAUCGUGAUCCUGCGGCCCAAGACCUCUCCCUUCGGCGAGAUCAAGGACAAGCUGCUUAAGCUGCUCGUGUUGCAGUCGCACGCAGUGCUCCGUUCCACAGGCUGUCCUCUGGAUGAGGUAACCCUCUCGCAGAUCUGCCGCAGCUCGCACCAGAACACGUACGCCAUGCCUGGCGGGGAGAUGUCCGAGGAUCUGCGCCGCAAGUUCGACCAGUGGUGGUCCAACCAGCUCUCGCCACAGGCGGCCAUGGCGCCCAAGAUGCUGCCCUUCAUGACGGCUCCGUCGGCGGUACCCGUGCCCGUGCCCGGGGAUAUGGACUUCCCCGUUGGCUCGGCCAUGGCUGCAGCGGCGGCGGCAGCAGCUGCCCAUGCGGCUGUCGCUGGGGGGGCAGCUGUGAACAAUCCUCUAGGAUCGAUGGGCAGUCGGGAGAGUCUGCUACUGGCAAACGAAGCCGCUGUUCACCAUGCCACCGGAGGUCAGGCUGCGGCCGCGGGUCACCAUAGUAGCAUGCUGGUGCAUCCUAUGCAUGCCGCGUCUAUGCAUCAUCACCACCACCACGGAGCCACCCACGGUCACGGCCCACAGUAUCCUAACCAGAAGACACGCAUGCGCACCAGCUUCGACCCGGAGAUGGAGCUGCCCAAACUGCAGAAGUGGUUCCAGGAGAAUCCCCAUCCCUCGCGCCAGCAGAUCCAGACCUAUGUGGUGCAGCUGAAUACCUUGGAGUCGCGCCGCGGUCGCAAGCCGCUCGACGUCAACAACGUUGUGUACUGGUUCAAGAACGCACGGGCUGCCCAGAAGCGGGCUGAGAUGCGGGGCGGGAGUCUGGGCAGUGCCAUGAGCGCUCUGGGUCACGCCGCCAUGAACGGCUACCUCAGCCAGCACGCCCCUCUUGGCCAGAAUUCAAGCAGCAGUGCCGGCAGCCAGCCGAUGAGCAUGGGGAAUCUUUCCAUGACGCACGAUUAUCUAAAGAGCCCCAUGAGCCUGAAAUCGGAGGACAUCGACACCAUGUCGCAGCACUCCGACGAGAUGGAGGAGGAGCCAAGUCGCCCCAACACGCCCCAGUUGCCGCUCUCACUCACCACCCACGAGCGCAACCGCAGCUCGCCCCUGAUGGACCAGGACGAGGAGGAGGAGGAGGAUCAGGGGGAUCAGCAGCAGCAGCAGCCACAGCGUGUAAAGAGCGCCGGCAGCGAUGUGAUUAACGGCAAUCUGAGAGAGACCGAGGAGGAGCGCCAGGAGAAGGCCAGUGACGUCCAAGACAACGAGAAGGAAAGCGCACACCACGUGGAGGAGGUGCCCCAUUCAGAGGCCGAACCUCCGGUGGAUGCCGCCUCCAGCCUAAACAACAACAACAACAGCAGCAGCCACUCGCACAUCGAGCACGAGCACGAGGUCGUGAGCUCCACGCCGAAGCGCACCAUUCCUAAGGAGGAGGAGGACGACCUGGACAUGGACGAUGACGAGGAGGACAACGAGAAUGACGUGAGUCACCUGGAUGAGUUCCGCUCGCCCUCGCCAGACCUCUCUGGUGCCGUGGCGCCGCACAAGGACCAGCUGCCCUUUCCCAUGGUUCCCAAUUCGAUGUUCUCGCAAUCCUUCAUGUACAUGAGCCACUACAUCCCGGCCUUUGGACAGGCGGCCGCGGCCCAUCCGCACCAUCAUGCCGCUGCUGCGGCCGCUGCCGCCGGGAUCCAGCCGAACGCCCUGAUGGGGGGCGCCGGCGGACUCAACCUGUCGAGCAUCUCGAACGAGGAGCGCCGGAAGCGGAAUCGCACCUUCAUCGACCCGGUCACGGAAGUGCCCAAGCUGGAGCAAUGGUUCGCCAUGAACACGCAUCCCUCGCACAAUCUGAUCCUCAAGUAUACGGAGGACCUGAACACCAUGCCCUAUAGGCAAAAGUUCCCGCGUCUGGAGAGCAAAAAUGUGCAGUUCUGGUUCAAGAACCGUCGGGCCAAGUGCAAGCGCCUCAAGAUGUCCCUGUACGACAACAACCAGUGCGGACAGCUGGGAGGCCUGAGCUCCUUUGUGCCCAAGUACGAGGAGCGGGAUUGAGUCAAAUAAAUCCAAAUUAGCCGAAGCAUUUCUUCCUUGUAAAUACUUGAGCGAGACACACACCACACACAUACUACGCAGGCGCAGGAGUUAUGGAAAAAACACUAUACCAUAUAUACUACAUAAACUAAUAAAUAAUCCCUAGUUUAGUCCACUCUAAGUAUUAUUAGACGGAAGGAACUAACCCAGUUACAAGUUACCAGUAUGCGAAACAGAUAGCGAAAAUUAGAGCAAAUAGAUCAUGUAUAACUAAUUUAUAACCAGAUAGACUUGAGCCCUAUCAAAUAUAUAUAGCACUCUCCUCCACUUCUACUUCUACUUCUAUCUAUGUAUCUAUUUAGUUCAUAGAAAUUCGAUAGAGAGGGGCAGACAGAGCGGCAGCCCAUUAAGAGUAAGCAAACCAAAGAAAGAAAACUUUUUCGAGAGUCGUUGUCGUAGUCUACGAUCUGCGAUCUGUAUAUAAUGUAUGUUAUUCUAGGUACGUAUUCUUUGAGCAUUGUGAAUUUUGUUUUGGCCUAGUUGCAUUUGUGCGAGUAUCUGUAUCUGCAGUUUAAGUUUUAGCCUAAGUUUAGUUGUCCUCCGCCCUGCCUUAUUUGAGAAGCCAUCGCCCCUGUCCAUACCUAGCACAUAUCCCCUUUUGGCAUCCGCAUAUAGCAUGUAUAACAUAUGAUCCGUUUCUUUCAAUAACUUGGUAUCUAAUACCUAAGCCCUUCCACAAUCCCCCUUUUAAUUAACUAAAACUACACUCUGAAAAAUAAUAGUGUUUGAUGAAUUGUUCCAUUAGUUACCUAAGUCUUUAGAUCAGUAUACAACUAUUAUAGUAAUAUUGUAAUUUAUUGCAAGCAUCCACAUACCUGCACACACACAGACACACAAUCUUACCAAUAAAUACACACACAC